AUGACCGCCAAACUGCUAGCGAUCAUCCUGCUAGCUAUAGUGAAGGAAACUCUGGGCAGUUCAAGUAAGUACAUCUCGGCCCCUGUGCCAGUGGAGAAGCUUCUUGCACUUAGCGUGGCAUCGAAGAACUACUCUGGCAUAACCCCACCCUGUCCGAGCCCCUUCGACUGGCUUGCGGACGUUGGUUGUGUGUUUGUGGUGGAGACCGAAGUGAAGUACGCCGUCGCCCAGACCUCCUGCCCUGGAGGCUCCCAGCUCGUCUCCCUCUACGCUGACAACUUCUUCAAGCUUGCUAACUAUGUCGAACUAAAGUCUUUCAUUCCAUCUGGCAAGGCUGAUGCUCUCUACUACUUGGGGGUUCAUCGCUACAACCGCGUGUGGACUUGGCGUACAGGCCAAGUCAUGUCCGGCUUGCCUGGCACGGAAGUUUGGGGACCUGGUGAACCCAAUGAUGGGUCGGACUGCGGAGGCAUCGCCAUCAAAACGGGAUCAGGGCCUCGUAUGGUUGACCUACGAUGUUCCAUUCCUACAUGGUAUGUGUGUGCACUGCAGUGAGGACGUGUACAGCGACUGGCAAUGUUGUAGCCACUUUAGCUACGUGGUAGCGGCACCGAGAUGCAAGCAGAUGUGUGCAUCAGGCAUCAGAAAGUUCGGUUCGUUUCUCGGUGUCGCUUGUGGGCGGCGCAUGAUAGCCGUCGAGGGUGGUGCACCAAAACUAACUAAGCUCACGUGUUACCAGAGGGGAUUUUGAGUUUUUGAACGGACUACUCACAUUUGUGAACAUAGAGACUAGCUCCUCUAAUUGUUAAGCUUUUCUUCACCAAGUUUAGACCUCGUAACUCCACUCAUGUUUGAUAUAAGCGUAUGAAUUUCUUUGUACUACUCGAGCUAUUUCUUUGCUUUGGUUGUGCGAUAACAAAUAAUAAAAGAAGUAAAUAGAAUAAUUGUAGCAUCGGAGAUAUUAUACUGAUACGGCGUGUUUGUUUGUUUUAUUUUUUGCGCGG